AUGCCGGCCGUCAAGGUGGUGAAGAACUCCGCCUACUACUCCCGGUACCAGGUCAAGUACCGCCGGAGGCGUGAGGGAAAGACCGACUACCGCGCCCGCCUGAGGCUGACCACCCAGGACAAGAACAAGUACAACACCCCCAAGUACAGGUUUGUCGUGCGCUUCACCAACUCCGACGUCAUCUGCCAGAUCGCGUACGCCACGCUGGCCGGCGACGUCGUGGUCUCCUCCGCCUACUCCCACGAGCUGCCCGCCUACGGCCUGACCACGGGCCUGACCAACUACGCGGCCGCCUACGCCACGGGCCUCCUGCUGGCCCGCCGCGUGCUGACCAAGUUUGGGCUGGAUAAGGCGUAUGAGGGCAACACAGGGGAUGUGGGCGAGGACUACAACGUGGACGCCGCGGACGAGGGCCCACGCCCCUUCGUCGCGCUGCUGGACACGGGCCUCAAGCGCACCAGCACCGGGUCCAAGGUCUUUGCCGCGCUGAAGGGCGCCCUGGACGGCGGCCUGGACGUGCCCCACUCCGACAAGCGCUUCGUCGGCUACUCGCGUGAGACCAAGGAGCUGGACUCCGAGGUCCUGCGCAAGUACAUCCUGGGAGGCCAUGUGGCGGAGUACAUGGAGUCGCUGAAGGAGGAGGAGCCGGAGAAGUACGAGCGCCACUUCUCGCGCUACGUCAAGGCCGGGCUGGAGGCCGAGGGGCUGGAGGAGCUGUACACCUCGGUGCACGCAGCCAUCCGCGCCGACCCGGUGCAGAAGCGGAAGGAGCGCAAGGCGCCCGCCGACAAGAAGGCCUGGAAGGAGUCCAAGCUGACGUACGAGGCGCGCAAGGAGAAGCUGAAGGCCAAGCUGGCGGAGCUGACCGCCGCCGACGAGUAG